ACAGUUCCCACUACUAUCUGCCUCGUGCACCACCACCUCUCCCUCCCACACAAGAAAACAAACAAAAUGGUCUACAUCGCCAAAGAAGCCAUCAUCUUUUUCGUCAUCCUCGGCUGUGUUGUAGUCUCUGUCUUCGGCUACUCCAUCCAUUACCUUGCGACUAAUGGGUUCUACGGUGAGGAGAGGAACCUCGACUUCCCUCCAGAGCAGAGGAUAUACAUGCGCCAGUUACGACUAAGGGAUUUGCAUUGGAUGGCGAGAGAUAAUGGAAUCAAGAUUGCGAGUAAUACGUCGCCGGUGUAGGGUUUAUGGUCUAGUCCUUCCUAUCUCGGGUUAUGGUUAUGUGUGAUGGGACAUUGAUGGAGUUUUAUGGUUGGGGUUAGGGUUAUACUUGUUGCUUGUUUGGUUUAUACUGGGUUUUGGAAUAGAAAUGCAUUUUUGUUAUUAGGAUAUAGCUGGAUAUUUGCAUGAAGG